AUGUCCAAAGUCCAAAAUUCAAUCCUUCUUCUUCUUCUCCAUUCCUUGUUCAUAUGUGCAGCUUUUGCAGAGCCUUUCAACAUACCAACCGUUUCAUUUUCAAAAGGCUUCACCAAUCUAUUCGGAGAGCCCAACAUCGUCAAGGCCCAAAAUGAUCAAUCGGUCCAACUUCAUCUCAAUCAAAUCACAGGCUCAGGGUUUAGGUCCUCAAACCUCUACAAUCAUGGGUUUUUCAGUGCCAAAAUCAAGCUACCAUCAGACUACACAGCAGGAAUUGUGGUUGCAUUUUAUACAACAAAUGGAGAUAUGUUCCGAAAGACACACGACGAGCUCGAUUUCGAGUUCUUGGGCAACAUAAGAGGGAAAACAUGGAGGUUUCAGACAAAUAUGUAUGGCAAUGGCAGCACAAGCAGAGGAAGAGAAGAGAGAUAUUACCUUUGGUUUGACCCUUCUAAGGAGUUUCAUCGUUACAGCAUAUUGUGGACUAACAAGAAUAUUAUAUUCUACAUAGAUGAUGUUCCAAUCCGAGAGAUUGUGAGAAAUGAAGCAAUGGGGGCUGAUUUUCCCUCAAAGCCCAUGGCCCUAUACGCCACCAUUUGGGAUGCCUCCGAUUGGGCCACCUCCGGCGGCAAAUACAAGGCAAAUUACAAAUACGCCCCUUUCGUUGCGGAAUUUACCGACCUUACCCUCCACGGGUGCACGCAAAACCCGCUUGAGGAGGUGUCGGCGGCCGCCAGCUGCACCGACAUUGACGAGAAGCUCGCCAGUGCCGAUUUUGCUACCAUAACCCCUAAACAAAGAAUGUCCAUGAAAAGGUUUCGAGAGAAGUAUACUUAUUAUUCGUACUGUUAUGACACGAUAAGAUAUCCGGUGCCCCCACCAGAAUGUGUUAUCGAUCCGGUCCUAAGGCAACAGUUUAAGGAAACCGGGCGACUUAAGUUCGACUCCAAGAACCACCAUCGGAGGAUAGCCCGUCUUCUUUUAGUUUAUCCCCGAGACUCGAUAUUUCCUCAGUUCAUUUUUCAUUUACGGCGUUCACAAUUUGUCCAGGCCAGUUUUCUGCUAGCAAAAUUGAAUCCUUCAGCUACUUACAAUUCCGAUACACCAGCUGUUCCGGGUGGCGAUAUCAUCUUCACUGAUGAUGUCAGCUUCGAGGUCUUCUUAGAUCGUCUUCAGCGUUUGGCAGUUCAAUAG